AUGCUAGUCGGUUUUUUUGUUGUAUCAAAUGGUCAAUCAAGAGCACCAUGUACAAGAAAUAUUAAUGAUCAAACUAUGGAAUUUGUCUGUUCAAGCCCAACAACCAUCGAAAAAUUGGAUAUCGAUGACCUUGCAGAUUCAAUCUUGAAUGGUAUUAGAAAUUUUCAAGUUAUUGGAGUGGGUUUUCGCGGCCCAUUGACAUUUAUACCAGAUAAUAUUUGUCGUUUAACAGAGCUCAGAUAUUUGAAUGUGUCGAAGAAUCAAAUUACUAAUGUUGUGUUGAAUUCAUCUUUAUCAUGUUUAUAUAAAUUAGAAAUUUUUGAUAUGAGUGAUAAUUUUAUUAGUGAAGUUCCUGUUCAAUGGAUUUCUCAAUUGUCUCGUCUUAAAUCAAUUUAUUUGUCAAAUAAUAAUUUAACUUCUAUACCUUAUAGGAUGUUUUAUGACAUUUCCUAUAUAGAAAACUUAGAUGUGUCUUCAAAUCAUUUAACAACAUUUGAAUUAUGGUUAAUUCAGAUAAAAAAUGUCAUUAAUUAUUCAAAUAAUCAAGUAAUUCGUUUUACGAAUAAUUAUAAUGUUGAUCUUUCAAAUUAUCAAUCCGAUAUUACUCAACAAAUUCUUUUACGUAAUACUCAAACAAAAAUUAAUUUUGAUGAUAGUAUUUUUGAAAUGUACAACCGAUGUGUAGAGAUCAAUUCAAUCAAUAAUAGAAUUUUGAUGAAAGCUAUAAAAACAAUACAUGAAAAUAAUCUAGGUUUACUUAAUUGGAAUUGUUCAUGCGAACGAUAUUAUUUACAACAAUAUAUUGUAUCAAUUGAUUCUACUAACAAUUUUACAACAUGGAGCUGUGAUCAAGAUCAAACUAUCAUUUAUAGUAAAAAAUGUAAUAAUGAAUCAUCAUUCAAUUCUACAAAUAGCAACCCACGUUUAUGUGAACUUAAACAGUCGAAACCACUCUCAAAGCCGUUAUUGACAUUUAAUCUAUCCGAUACAACAGUGAUUGAUGAUUUUGCUGAAGUAAUCGAUCAAUCUAAUAAUAAAUUAAGUCAAACCUCUGAUCAGCCAGUUACUGAAAUAAUUCAAGAAAAUUUUCAAAAAAUUAUUUAUUAUAUUGAACGUUAUCUUGAAUCAAUCAAUACUACAAUAAACAUCAGUAAGAAUUCAAUUGGGAUUUUAAGUACUUUAAAAACUAAUCCAAUCUAUUCUUAUUCUCAAAUCAAUCACAAUAAUUCAUUUUUACAUUAUUCAACAGAAACAACUAAUACAAAUUCAAUAGCAAGUAUAUCAAUUUAUCCAAUAUCAAUCGAAAACUUAUCGAAAGCAGAUAUUUAUACAUUUUACUAUCUUCCAUCAUCACUUUUUCGUUAUGCACAAAAAGAUCAAAAUACAAUUAUAGUUUCACCUAUUGUAGGGCUUCAUUUACCGAACAACGCCCCACGUUUCAUUAAUAUGUCAUUUAUUGACAAUGAACUUUCAUCUGGAAAAUAUUCAUGUGCAUUUUGGCAAUAUGAUCGAUGGAAUAAUACCGGUUGUUCUUAUUCUUUAGAUUCCAAUUUAAAACGUCAUUUCUGUUUUUGUAACCAUACAACAUCUUUUGCAUUAAUAUUUAUUCCACAUAAAACUCUGCGUAGUAUCAUGAUACCAGGCAUAAUUUUGACUCUACUUUCAAUAGUAUGCUUUUCUAUAUCAAUAAUUCUUUCAAUACAUCGACAAACUAAAUCUUUUCGUCAUCUAUCAAUAACAAAUAUAUUUAGUUUAUCAAAUUCAAUUAUUUUAUUUACAUUACUAACUGUUAUUUUAAUUCGUGCUUAUAAAUCAUCAAAUACAGAAUCAAUAAAUCAAGAUAAAUGUUCAAUAUUACCAAGAAAUUUAGCUAUUGCAACUUACUUUUUUUUCAUAUUAACAUUUGCAAGUAAAACUUUACUUGGUAUUGGAUAUUUUUUAACAAUAUUUUUUCAUUUUAUUUUUAUUGAAUCUACAACUAUAUUCAAUAAAUGGUUUUAUGCAAGUUUUUUUCUUGUCAUUCUUAUUGCUUUAAUACCAACAAUAGUUAUCAAUAUAAUUAUACAUCGAUCGACAAAUUUAUUUAUACAAUAUGAAAGUAUUUGUUGGUUUAAUAAAUCAUAUAUAUUUCGAUUUAUUUCAAUACCAUUAAUUAUUUUUCUUGCGUUAAAUAUAUUAAUUAUAUUUGGAAUAACAAUUCGUUUAAUUCAAUUUUUUAUUAGGCGUAAAAUGUCACAAACAAAUGAAAAACGAACGAUUGUUUCAAUAAUGAUAUGGAUUACAUUAUGUAUAUUAUUAGGCGUUGCUUGGAUAUUUGGACCAUUUUUAGAUUUAAUGAUCAAAGAUAAAACUCUAACACCAUCAAAAAUUAUACAAUGGAUUUUUGCUGUUUAUAAUGGAUUGGAAGGUCUAUGGGUAUUGGGUAUUAAUAUUAUUUUUUAUUUGAAUCAAAAAUUGAAUAUGACAUCUCGUUGGACGAUUCCGAAUAAAGUUAAAAACUAA